AUGGGUGGCCAGGCAGCUGAGGAUGGGGCUGCAAUGGCAGUAGAGGGUCAGGGUGCAGAUGAGAACAAGGUGCAUGAGUUGAAGGAGGUUCGGGACAAGAAUGCUGAGAAGCUUCCUGUAAAGUUGAGCGAACUGAAGAACUGCAGGGUCCCGCAGCCCCGAGCAGGGCCCUCCAGGGCAGAGGAGCAGCUGCUGUUGGAGCUGCAGCAGGUUGAGAUCAAGGCCCAGCUGUGGGCUGCUGAGGAGGCUCAGCACAGGAGCACCCUGCAGCAGGGACUGGAGGGACAGCAGACCACCGUGGCUGGGUUAGGAGUGCAGAGCUGCGUGAUGAAGGGGCAGCUGGCCCAGAUGCAGGACAGCUUGCAGAGGCUGAGAGAAGAGAACACCAAUAUAGUGACCACCUUGAGCUCAGAGCAGCUGAGAAACCAGGAGUUGACUCUGAAGCUGGGCCAGCUGCAGGAGGACAUCUUGGAACUCAAGGCAGUGGUGGUGCUGAAGAGCCAGGAGGCCCAGGUGCUGCAGCUGCAGAGAGACCAGCUGCUGGGCACCCUGUACCAGGGCACUGAGGCCUGGUUACAGCUGGCCUCUGAAAAGCAGGCUCUUCAGUGGCAGUUCUCCCAACUAGUAAUGCAGCUGCAGGAGAAACACGAACAAGAAAACAAGGCCAUGCAGAACAUCUUCCAAGACCUGAGGAAGACCCAGGAAGUGGUGCAAUCCUCCAGGCUGCAGAAACAGCAAUCAGCCCCGGGCAGAGAUCUGGCACUGCCCCGGGAAGGGGAUGUGGAGGAAAGAAACACGAAGAGCCCUCAGACCAACAGCACCACUCCUGAGGCUGUGGGCAGCUCAGAGGCCGAGGCCUUGCAGGACAAGGCAGUGAUUGAAGAGAGUGUGCAGGAGCUGCCAUGUCAGGGCCUGCUGCUCUGUGGUGAUUCCAGCACCGCUGCCGAGCACCCUGACAUCUGCCCCAAACAGGGGCCAGUCCUUAAAAAGAGGAAUUAUGAGGAGGAGGACACACAGAAGGAGGAGGUGGAUGAACCAAUGGAAGAGGAGGAAGAGCAGGAGAAUCAGGAGGAAGAGGAGAAGUAUGAACAAGUGGAGGAGGAAGAGGAGGAGGAUGAAGUAGUGGAGGAGGAGGAGAGUUGUAAGCAGGAGGAGGAGGAUCAAGGAGUGGAGGAGGAGGACGAACAAGUAGAGGAGCAGGAAGAGGCAGAGGAAAAGGAGGAGGAGCAGGAGGAAGAGAUGGAGGCAGAGGAUCAGCAGCAGGAGGAGGAGGAACAUAUACACCAGCUGUUCCCAGUGAAGGGAGAGGAGAAGGAGGUGGUUCUGAUCCUGAAAACAGAUUGCAGGUCCUGUCAGGAUGAGUUUAAGGGCACUGCACAGAGCCGUGGCGAGGAGCCCACUGUGGGAUCCCCACCCACCAAGCAUGCUGCAGCCUCAGAUGAGGAGUGCAGUCCUGGGAGGGAUGGGCAGGAGCAGGCAUGGCAAGGGGCACACACUCAGUGCCUGCUGCUCUCUCCCCAAACAUCCUGCAGAGGGAAGCCCUGCACACACUGAGCAGCCUCCAGCUGAAGAGGCUGUGGCCUGGUGCCCCCCAGAACCCCAGCUGCAUAAGAGUGAGAGUCUGCACAGCGGACUGGCUUGGGCCUUCACCUCGAGUACAGUGGUUUCUGCUUUGGAACACGCUGAAGAAGAGGAAACCACAGGACCCAGUCUAAGCUAAAGAGUUUCACCAGCAGGUCCUGGGGAAGUGGGGCCAGGGCUGUGUGCCCUCUUUCCCCAAUUCAGUCCCUGCCUCCGCAUCCCUCUUCUCCUGACUUAUUUGCUCUGAUGUCUAGAGGAGCAAGAAAAACUCUACAAAUUUAUUUCUUCAUAAAUACAUUAUAAAUCCAAGGGUUCUUUAAAAUAUCAAAAAAUGUUAAUUAAUUUGCAUAAAAAGGAAAAACCCCACAAAGAUAUUUAAAUAAAAAUAUUAAAUGUUUUAAAUUUUAAAA